GACGUGCCUUUUUCUCUGCGACGGCAAAAGUGCAUCAUCGCGAAGAAAAAGCCAAAGAAGCGACGAAAAGUUGGAGCAAUCUUCUUUCUUUUGCAAACCAUCAGCGAAAAGAGAAAGUGGUGGCGCAAGCAAUAAACACACAGCUCGUAUUUUGUGGCCGUCUUCGUCUAUUUUCCUUGUUCUGUUUGUCUAUCGCCAUCCAUAAAAAAUAGGAAUUUUCUUGUGCGCGAUUCUGAGCAGAAGGUCGUAAAGUGAUAAAACUGAAAGUCCUUCAUUUCGUGAAUUUUGUGAAGCUGCUGCUAUUGGGAAGCUGCGUGAAAGAAAACGAUGGCCUAAUCUGUGAGAAAUUCGUCUGUCAAAAAUAAAAAAGCUGACAGUCACGACUACAAAGCUUUGAUGGUGGUGCGGAGGAACAUCAGCCGAUAACAGGAUAAGGUGCGAGGGUCGCCCGAAGUGUGUAUGUGAAGUGCGUGUUAGAGUGAUAAGGGAAGGUGUGUUCCUUGAGAACGAUACGGGAUCCGUAAACCGACCGGACCGGGGUUAGUAUGCGGCGGGACACUCGCUGAAAGGAUUGAGUGCAGUUACGUGAGAUUUGCAAGAAGCGCAAUUAGAAGAAAACGCAACGGCCUUCGAACUGGGUGAGCUAAAUCUAGGUCAGAUUCUGCCCAUUUUGUUAGCAUUGUUUGCCAACUUGGAGGAAGCUAGCAGAAUUUGGGCCAAGAUUCGGAAGAAGAUGGACGGGACCAGCGUUGGGGGGAGUGCUGGAGGCGGAGGGUCCAGUGGUCCCGCAAGUGGUUCCGGGGGAAACGGAGGAGGCCGAGGGAUCCGGGACAGCGACGACAGUGGCGACGAGAAUGGCUUGGCCACUAAUGGGCGGUUGAGGGCUUCAUCGGAUUCGCUGGUACGAAGCAGUGGGACUACCCAGAAGAAAUCCUGGCUCGAGUUGAAGGCCAUUGUCAACGAUAUGAGACGUCAGGUUGGUUCAUUGCCGAGCAUGUUCCCGAUGAAUGUCAAUUUUAGGACACUGUCCGAUGGCAGAACCCGAGUCUACUUUCUCAGUCCACCACCUGUCCUGGUUGCGUGGGAUACGGUGCUGUACUACGCGGAUGUUCCUCAAAGCGAAAACGAUGCCCGAGCUCCUAUGCGACUCGAAUGGAAUCGCGUACUGGAACCGAUUAUUUCCCACCUGUCGAUGGGCAGUUCCCGCGAAGUGCAGUUGCUCAUGGAACGGAAAAGAUUAUCCAUAUGGGGCAUUACUUCCUACGAGUUGCACAAAUCCAGCGGGAAGAUAGUCUUCCCGGCAUGUAACACAUUGUACCAGUGUCUGGACACUGGCUACGGCGAUGGAAAACUGUUCCCUUCCGAACUGAGAAUCUUCCAUCGAUCAUCUGCCAUAGACCCCCAGAUUUGUCCCCAGAACUCUGAUCUCGUAGCGUACGUUUGCAAUGGGGACAUUUGGGUCGUGCAUACCAUUAGUGGCUACAGCGAGCGGCUCACCUACGCCCACGACGGACGAAGAUCCUUUGCUGAGGAUCCCCUGACGGCCGGCGUUCCGUCCUACGUCAUGCAGGAGGAGUUCAGUCGCUAUCAGGGCUUCUGGUGGCAGCCGAACAGCGACGACAAAUUCUACCGGAUAGUCUACGAGGAGGUGGACGAAAGCGACGUCAGUCUGUACACGUUUCCCUCGUCGCAAUCUGUGGGCGGGGACUACGAGGAGUAUCGAUUCCCCCGGGCGGGAUCACCAAAUGCCAAAUCGAAGCUCAAGCUGGUGCAGUUCCGGCUGUCGGAGUCGCUGAAAAUCGUCGAUGCGUGCAUCAAGGAGCUGCAGUGCCCGCUGACGUAUGCGUUUCCGUGGCUGGAGUAUAUCGUGCGCAUCGGGUGGACGCCGGAUUCGAACUACGUCUGGGCGCAACUGCUGAACCGUGUGCAGCAACGGUUAGAUUUGGUACUCAUCCCGUUGGAUAACUUUUGCGAACUGUAUAGCAGCUCGUCACCUUCCCCGACGGGUGUCAAUAACCACGGCCAAUCAACAAACUCCACGAAACCUUGUUCUUCCAAUGAUUACUGGAAACUGCCUCUGGAUCGUUCGACGCGCCCCAUGCAGGUCAUCUACACGGAAACCUCGAACAACUGGGUGAACGUCAACGACGUGUUGCAGUUUCUCGAAAUCACCGAUCACGAAGUCACCUUCCUCUGGGCCUCGGAGGAAACCGGCUUCCGCCAUCUGUACUUGGUAACCUCUAGUCUUGCCACCAAUGGCAGUAGCAACGUAGGUAGCAGUUCUAAAACCAAUAACUCUGUCGACAAUACUAACAGCAGUCAUCACAUGGACACCACUUCCGGAGAAGAAAGGAUCAAUAACAGUCACUAUCAUCAGCAUUACAAUCCCGAGAAUCUGGAUGGAUCUGGCAGCACGUUGGUACCUCGCAUUGCGAAUAAGGUUGCUCUGACUUCGGGCGAUUGGGAAGUUCUAGGACGAAACGUUUGGUACGAUAAGCAGAAUCAGUUGGUUUACUUUAUGGCCCUUCGUGAAACUCCGCUGGAAAAGCAUCUCUACGUCGUCAGUCUGAAGAAACCUAAUAUCUUAAGAUUACUCACCGUUCCUGGAUACUCAUUCACCGUAGAGUUCAAUGAUAACUGCACAAUAUUCCUGCAGACGUAUUGCAACAUCCAAACGCUUCCCUCGUGGGAAUUGGUACAGCUCAAGCAAUUGUGUCCCAGCGGAAAUGUGUCUGGGCUAGAACUUACCUCGAUGGGAUAUCUGUUUGAGGGUGGCCCCUCGGAAAAUACGCAGUUUAAUCCCACAAUCUACAGUCCCCGGUUGGCAUCGGGGGAAACAAUUCACGCCAUGGUGUUCAAACCGCACAACUUCACACUGGGCGUAAAGUAUCCAACGGUGCUGAACGUGUACGGCGGACCGGAAGUGCAAACCGUUAGCAAUACCUUCAAGGGUAUGCGACAACUACGGAUGCACAUGCUGGCAGCCCAGGGCUAUUGCGUUGUGUGCAUAGAUUCGCGAGGCUCUCGGCAUCGGGGUUUGCAGUUCGAAAGUCACAUUCGCUGUCGCAUGGGAACGGUUGAGCUGAAUGACCAAGUAGAAGUGCUCAAGUUGAUUGCCGAGCAGAUCGGCUACAUCGACAUGGAUCGGGUCGCGAUCCAUGGGUGGUCCUACGGAGGUUACCUGAGCUUGAUGGGCCUGGUGCAGUAUCCGGAGAUUUUCAAACUGUCGAUUGCCGGAGCACCGGUCACCAGCUGGGAAUACUACGAUACGGGCUACACAGAACGGUACAUGGAUCUUCCGGAAAACAACCGAUCCGGCUAUACGGCCGGAUCGGUGCUGAACUACAUCCACAAGUUCCCCGAUGAGGACAACCGUCUGCUCAUCAUUCACGGUCUGAUCGACGAAAACGUCCACUUCUUCCACACAUCACAGCUCGUCAAUGGACUGAUCAAGGCGAACAAACCCUACCAGCUGCAGGUCUACCCGAACGAGCGUCACUCGUUGCGCAACAUGGAAGCCAGCAAGCACUACGAAACCAAGCUUCUGUCCUUCUUGCAGAACCAUCUGUGAGUGUCCCCGUCCGCUUCCGUUGAUCCACCCGCCACCUUCUGUUUUCCCUUUCUAGUCCGUAACAUUGUGCUUUCCCUGUGUAAGUGCUGUCCUCGUAACAAAGCAAAAAGGAACCGACCGAAACAAACGCUCGUUGCAAGGUGAAAGUUUUUGCUUGUAUAAAUUGUUAAGAAAUCAAAACUCGACCGCACCGUGUACUCUCGUAUAAGCAAUCUAUUGUAUCCUAAUCCAUUUACUCUAGUAAUAGCGCUUUGUUUGUUUAACUGUUAUUAUGCUUUCGACUGAAGAACCAUGCGACCGAUUUAGGUAACCGCAAUCGACUGAAGUGAUCAAUCACCUUCAUCCCAUGGUCAUGCCGUAUUAGGAUGACCGAACGACCCAUGUUCCACUGAGUCAGAUUCACAUGUAGGUUUUUAGGAUCGUUCGUUCGCUAUCGAUAUAAGAGAUUCAUAAGUCUAUCAACUUCGCAAUGUAGUGUACCAUCAAACACCCUAAGACUUAUGAUAGCAGUCAGUCAUCCAUUCAGUGCAGCAUCUUAUCCAUGUUUUAGCAAUUGUAUAGAGAGGCAACUAGCAAAGAUGGGAAUGAUACAUAUUUUGUGAGAAAAAUAUGUAAUGCGAUCGUCUAUUUUACUCCAAGCAAAAGCAAUUAGGCAAUACAUAGUAACGUGUUCUUUAUAUGUGUAGGACUUUAUUUUCGUAGCUUGUGGGUUGACCAACAGUGAAGUGUAUGAUAGAAGUUUUUGAAGCAUUGGUUUUCUAGCGACACGGAUUGUUUAUUUUUUAACAGAUGAUGAUUUUAUCCGAUUUUAGUAGAAAGAUAUUCGAGCUGUAGGCGCUUGCUAGGGAUCGUUCUUUCGUUGGCUUUCCUUAUAACGUAUAUUUUUCUAUUGAGAAAGUACGGCGAACGUGCGUACAGCAAACAUCUAUCAGUAGAACGAUACUGAAAGCACUCGGAAGCGUUGAGCUCGCGUGAGAAAGCUAAUUAAGGAACACUGAAAAUAAAACUCAUCAUCGUAAAUGCAGCAGAUCGAAGUAAUAUAUUUAUUGUGCACAAAAGAUAUCAAAUGCAAAA